UGCGUUUAUUGUAAAGAGAUGAUUUGUUUAAUGUUUGUAAAUUGAAUAUAGUUGAAAUGUGAUAAUUCUUAAUCUGCUUAGCAACAUUUCUAAACUGCAAAAACAAAAACAUAAUGAACUCUAAGUAACAAAAUUUAUUAAAAUUAAUACAAAAUAAAAGCAUUUUUUUGCUUAAAUUUAAAUUAACUAUAGUAAGUUAAUAUAACUUUGACAAAAUGGAUGCUGCUAUGGUCUAUGCAAAUACGGAGGCCGACUUUAUGUCUGACGAUGGCAUGGAAGAGACUACUUUCAUUUCAUUAAUUACAGAGGAAACCACAACAAAACCACCGAAUCAUGAUCCUUCCGUGUCUAUGAAUAACUUUUAUCCAGCUUUAGUACAGUGUUUCGGCAUCAUCAUAUGUGGCAAAAAAACGUAUAAAACAUGCUUACCCCUUAUCUUAUGGAAGAAGAAAUCAACACCAAUGGUUCUGUUUUUAUUGAUGGUCACAUUCAGAUUUUCUUCAUUGGCCAUGUACCAAGGCCAAUUUUAUUAGUCCAAAAGAAGUGCAUAUUUUUAAAGAACAUCGAUAGCUGAUAAAUCCUCUUUGGGUUUCAAAUAAUAUACAAUUCAAAACCAAUACAAAGCAUGAUUAGCCACUUAUAGAAAGAAAGGUCAUUGUCUCCUUGACUCUGUUGCGGGCUCUAUUGAUGUUCACAUUCAGAUUCUCUUCAUUUUUGAAUACUUCUGAUAACUUUUUGAACAACAAAUAGUGAGAAUUUUUCAAGAACAAGUGUAGUUAAUGAAGCACCUUUGGAUUUAAAAUAAAAUGCAAUAUUCAUUCAUUAAAUGGAAUAUAAUUUAGAAGGUUUAUCAAGUACCUGAAAUGGAUCAAAUUAAAAAUCAAGCAAAGGACAAAAUCUCAAAUCUUUUUAACUAG